UUGCCGGAGUAUAAUACGUCUCUAGAAAUCAUGAAAAUAAUAGUUAUUGGGCCCUGUCAGUCUGGUAAGACGGCCAUUUCCAACUAUCUGGCUGAGGCGACGGAGAACUCUUCCGGGCAGUACCAGCCCACAAAGGGCGUGCGGAUCCUGGAAUUUGAGAGCCCACAGAUCUUGGUAAAAGGACGACAAACCAUAACACCGGUCGAACUUUGGGACUGCAGCGGGGACCAGAAGUACGAGAACUGCUGGCCCGCGUUUGCUAAAGAUGUACAAGGCAUUAUAUUUGUCUACUCAUCAGACCAAAAGAAUGUGUCAACGACGCUUGACGUAUGGUACAACAACUUUGUUCAAUCGCAAGGCGUGAAGGACUCCCAGUGCGUCGUGUUUUGCCACCGAAAGUCCAGCGAUCGCCCCGCGGGAAACCCUUCUCAACUGUCGCACUUGUUCGCCCGGGUCACCUGGGUGUCGACGAGCAUAGAGGACGCCGAUGACGGCGGUAAAGGCGGAGAGCAGACGCGACACGAGUUCAACAGGUUUCUCGAACGGCUGUCGAAUGAGUUGAAUGAAAGGCACGACCAGGAAGAGCUCUCCAUCAUCGGGCAGGCCUGAACAUGUUUCGGUUAUAUAAAAAACAGAAUGGUGCGUCUUCAGCCCAAAUACUUCGCCAAUAAACAUUUUAAAACAUAGUACUCAUUGCGUGCAAAAACACAAAAAUAUCAUUCAUAGGACUCCAAGCAGAUUUUCAAGGCUGAGGGCUGUAUACGUGUCAACACACGCGAAUACCACUGCCCUGUUAUGACAGCUAUCAUCAUCAAUAAAUGUACCUUUUUUU